UGGUUGGGUUCUCUGGCAGGCAUAGGGCAACUCACAGUAUGGAGACAGCACCCAUGGCCCUUGCAUGCGCUCUCUUGAUGAUUCAGAUCCUCCCCUCUCGCGGCUUCAUUGCUCCUCUUCGCUUACCGUCAGCGCUCGUCCACCAGGGACCGGAAACACGACAGAUUUCACUCAGGAACGGGGCGUCAUGUCAAAUACCAAGGGGGCGAGUAGGAACAGAUGUUGUGACAUCAAGAGUGAUGAACCGGGACGUGAAACCUGAAGUUGUAGAAGAAUCGGAGGAAGAAAUUGAUUCCCAUUUCCUGAAGCAAUCCAUCAUAGUGGAUGCGAGCAUCGAUGAGUGCUACGGAGCUGCAGCUGAUCUUGACGACUAUGCCACAUGGUGUAGGAAAGGCGGCAUGAAGAAAGUAAAGGUGCUGGAUCGCAAUGAUGAUGGGAUGUGCAGCAAAGUUGAGUUCACGGCCGGCAAACUUGGCAUCGAUAUGGUUAACGUAGUUGAAUACUCAUACGAAGCACCUCGUCUCGUCAAGUUUCAUUCGAUCUCAGGAGAUAUCAUGAAGACACUGGACGGAUGCUUCCGGUUCGAGACUUUGGGAGGAGGCGACACCAAGAUGACGUACGAGCUGCUGCUCGAGUUUGGGUUCGUCAUCCCCGAAUUUGCGAGGAAGCAGAUUGUUGGGGCCAUCAUGCAGACAGCCCUUGAAAGCUUGAAGGAUCACAUCGAGAAGAAGAAGCGUUGACGAGAUUAAAAGUCCGCAAACGAUCC